AUGGCGGGUUCUGCACUGAGACGAUUAAUGGCAGAGUAUAAACGUGAGAAUUAAAUUUAAUUUAAUGCAGUACGCACUUCACUAUAGACAUCGUAUAAAACUUUCUCGCUUAUUAUUCUUUCUGCCCAAUUUUAAAUGAUAAUAUAACGACCACUGCAUUUUUUGCAGAAUUAACCUUAAAUCCACCUGAAGGUAUUAUCGCUGGUCCAAUAAAUGAAGAAAAUUUUUUCGAAUGGGAAGCCUUAAUCACGUACGUAUUUGAAUAAUUUUUUAUUCUUCUUAUUUAUAAAAAUAUUUCUUCGUUUGCAAAAAUUGAUUUUUGUUUAUAACAUGUUUGCAAUGAAAUGCCCCAUAUCUUUAUCUUUUUUUUUUUAAUUCUAUGAUUAUAAAUAUAAUUUAAACUUUACAUCUAUAACAUAUGUGUUGAACAAUUAACAUUUAUUUACAGUGGACCAGAAGGAACGUGUUUCGAGGGUGGUGUUUUUCCAGCAAAGCUUAUAUUUCCACCAGAUUAUCCUUUAAGUCCACCAAAGAUGCAAUUUACUUGUGAGAUGUUUCAUCCAAAUAUUUAUGCAGAUGGUAGAGUAUGUAUAAGUAUAUUACAUGCACCUGGUGAUGAUCCUAUGGGCUAUGAAAGUAGUGCAGAAAGGUGGAGUCCAGUUCAGAGUGUAGAGAAAAUAUUGUUAAGUGUGGUAAGUAUGUUAGCAGAACCAAAUGAUGAAAGUGGAGCAAAUGUUGAUGCAGCUAAAAUGUGGAGAGAAGAUCGCUCAGAAUUUGAAAGAAUUGCCCAAAAAUUAGUUAGAAAAACACUUGGUAUUCCACCUUAA